ACCCUUUGGGGGGUCCUUGGCCUGAAAAACUAUAAUGAAGAAUAUCAUUUAGUCACAACACCAAACACAAACCUCACCACCCACUGAGUCUCCUGUCUCUGGGAUUGCUGGAGUGUGAGACAGUAAGUUCCUUCAGCUGAUUGGUGGAUAAAUCCGUCCUUCCCUUCAUCGUCUCCUCAUCCACACAGAGGUGGGGUGUGCUCGUGUCCACUGUAUGCACUCACGUGCCUGUCGGGAGCUUCACCUAUUGUAACUGGAAUAUAUUUCCCACUGGGAUUUUGCUUUGAUUUUUCACAUCUGAUUUGGUCUUCAUCCGUCCGUAAACAUGACUGUCAGAACUCUCCGUGUCAACCGGGUACAACAUUUCCGGUCUCGAAUCCACUGCCUCAAAAAGGUGGAGGCCAUUGUGGUGGAGAUGCAGGACCCAAAAGGUGGAGUUAAAGGCUCAGAGCAGAAACUUAACGUCACUACCAUCCCACAUGUCAUUACCGGCAGUGACGUAAUCGCAUGGAUUGCCAACAAGAUGAAGAUCACGAAAGAAGAAGCCGAGGUCUUUGGCACUAUGCUAGUGGCUUAUGGUUACAUCUACCCCCUGCAGAACCACAAGAAGCUGGUCAUGUGCAACGACGCCACCCUCUACCGCUUCCAGACCCCGUAUUUCUGGCCAACCCAGAAAUGGGUUCCAGACGACACUGAUUAUGCCAUUUACUUGGCAAAGAGGAACAUCCGCAAGAAAGGCAUGUUGGAGCCCUAUGAACAGGCACAUUACAACCACCUCCAUGAAUGGCUCAACCACAAGUGGGACUUUAUUGUGAUGCAAGCCACUGAACAAUACAAAGCGGGUAAGGAGAGGAAGAAGCCCGACCGUGUCGUGUUUGACUGCCAGGAGAGGGCUUACUGGAUCGUGAACAAGCCUCCGCGUCGCACUCACAGCGCUAUGGACGCUACCCCAGAGCGGCUGUUAGAUCCCAAUAUAGAGGAGAAAAUCACCUUUGACCAGUACAGACGCAUGAACAUCUUCUACCAACAAGCCAUCAUGAGGUCAAAAGUCAAGUCUAGUGUGUCUAUCGGAGCAUUGGUCAAGUACGUCACAACCUACAAAAACCACGACCCAUUCCUGGCUCCCUGUCUACCUAGCAACCCCUGGCAAACAGACCAUGAUGCGUACUGGACUCUCAACAUGAGAAGAGUUGAAGUUCCCACCAAGAUGCGAGUGGAGCGCUGGUCCUUCAGCUUGUUUGAGCUGCUGAGCGACCUGCGAGGCCGAGACGACUUCAAGAUCUUCCUCAAGAAGGAGUUCAGCGGUGAGAACUUGGCUUUCUGGGAAGCAGCUGAAGAACUGAAACUGGGCACGGCAUCCUCCAUGUCGACAAAAGCUGAGUCCAUCUUCAAGACCUUCCUGGCCCCUGGCGCUCCCCGUUGGAUCAAUAUCGAUGGCAGGACGAUGGGUCUGACCGUGAAAGGUUUGGACCAUCCUCACCGCUACGUGCUGGAGGCGGCACAGACGCACGUCUUCAUGCUCAUGAAAAAGGACACUUUCUUCCGUUACCUCAAGUCGCCUGUGUACAAAGACAUACAGAAGAAGGCACUGAACCCUGAGGCUCAUAACUUCAGUCCGGCCCAGCUGGAGCAAAACGCUCAGAACCGGAGCCCGGGCAUCCAUCCCAUCCUACUCUGGCAGCAAGAGGAGGAGGAAAAGGCCAAGGCCGCCGCCGCCUCCGCUCCGGUCGAUGUCAAGGCCAUGAUGAGCAAAAUAGACAGGAAGUAAAGAUAUGCAGCGGCCAUGAGUGUGUGUGUGUCUGCAUGUUCAAUCAUUUAAACAAAGCAUGAACACAGGAGACAUUCAUCCGUCAGGGUGUAUACUUCAUGCUGAUAAACGUUUUAGCAAAUGUGAGAUAUCCUGACUUUGUCGUGGAAGGGAAACUUAAUGGAUCUACAGGGUAAGGGAGUAAACAGGUCCUUAGGCCAGAGCCUCUAUUUGCAGUGGGCGUAAACUUUUUUUUUCUGUCAAAUGGACGAAAACGACCACAAAAGAAACCAGGGACACAAAAUUAACGCUACAAAAAAAGUGUGGUCACUGAUUUUCUUCCAUGUCUGGGGCUCGUUGUCUAAUCUGUACAUAGUUUUUCGCAGGAUUAGGUUGUAAAUACCCAAAAAGAAGACGAUAGAAACGUUUCCUUGUGUUCCGUACCAACCACGAUAAUGUUGUAUUUACAAAAUCCAAAUCAGAUUCUUCAUUAGUCUUGGAGAUGUUUUCAGAUUGUUAUUUUAUUCUGCCCAUUAGCUGCUUGGCCCAGAGCAGUCACCUGAGCAUGUGGUAGCUGUAUAUUUUUUGUGUUUAUUGCCCUGUGCAGUUAAUAUUGUGAAGAGAUUAUGAAAAAAAAGCCAACUCACUAUUGUGUACAUUAAAGCUAAAUUUAAUAAAGAUCUUAAGAUCAA